AUGAUGGCUUCCAUGUUAUACGUGAUCACUCUUCAUGGCCUAACAGCUUCCAACCGUUAUCGCCGUGGUUUUUCUCACUCCAAUCCUCGUUUCAAGACAUUGGUGGUACCUGCCAGGGUCGCUAGCGUCUUUCCCAAGGUUAAGAGUCAAAGCUCCGAUUCGAAGUCCACUACCGCAAUUGAUUUCAGCGACCCUGAUUGGAAAACGAAGUUCAAGAACGACUUUGAAGACCGCUUCAGACUCCCCCAUGUCACUGAUAUCUUCCCCGAUGCUGCUUCUAUGCCCUCUACGUUCUGUCCCAAUUUGAGGUUGGUUUCUCUUCGCUUCCUGCGCAAUUUGUCUGUGAUAAAUCCUAGGACUAGCAACUUUCCUGGUAAUUAUCCUUUGGAUGAGAAUUGGCAGGGAUAUAUAAAUGACAAUGACAGAGUGCUUCUUAAGACAAUAUACUUUUCAUCACCUACAUCUGCUGGUGCGGAGUGCAUUGAUCCUGGUUGUAAUUGGGUUGAACAAUGGGUUCAUCGAGCUGGACCUCGGGGAACGAUAUACUUUAAACCAGAAGAAGUAAAGGCCGCAAUUGUUACUUGUGGAGGCCUCUGCCCUGGUCUUAAUGAUGUCAUCAGACAGAUUGUAAUCACACUCGAAAUAUAUGGUGUAACAAAGAUUGUGGGUAUUCCUUUUGGUUAUCGUGGAUUUUCUGACCAAGAGCUGACAGAAGUUCCACUGUCGAGAAGAGUGGUUCAGAAUAUUCAUCUUUCAGGUGGAAGCCUAUUAGGUGUUUCACGUGGAGGACCUGGAGUCAGUGAAAUUGUGGACAGUUUGGAGGAAAGAGAGAUCGAUAUGCUCUUUGUGUUAGGUGGAAAUGGCACACAUGCUGGUGCAAAUGCAAUUCACAAUGAGUGCUGUAAAAGACGUCUUAAGGUGUCUAUAAUUGGAGUGCCUAAAACUAUAGACAAUGAUAUUCUAUUGAUGGACAAAACUUUUGGCUUCGAUACUGCGGUUGAAGAAGCACAAAGAGCAAUAAAUUCCGCAUACAUUGAGGCACAUAGUGCAUAUCAUGGAAUUGGUAUUGUGAAAUUGAUGGGUCGUGACAGUGGAUUCAUAGCAAUGCAUGCUUCCUUAGCUAGUGGACAGAUUGACAUAUGUUUGAUUCCUGAGGUUCCUUUCAACUUACACGGACCUCGUGGAGUUUUGAGUUAUCUCAAGUACCUUAUAGAAACAAAGGGAUCAGCAGUAGUAUGCGUGGCAGAGGGAGCUGGACAGAGCUUGCUUCAAAAACCUAAUGCUACUGAUGCUUCUGGAAAUACUGUAUUUCGAGACAUUGGUGUAUAUACCCAACAAGAGACGAAAAAAUACUUCAAGGAAAUUGGUGUUCAUGCUGACGUGAAAUAUAUCGAUCCAACAUAUAUGAUCCGUGCAUGUCGAGCAAAUGCUUCUGAUGGAAUUUUCUGUACUGUUCUUGGACAAAAUGCUGUUCAUGGUGCAUUUGCUGGAUAUAGCGGCAUCACAGUAGGAUCUUGUAACACACAUUAUGCUUACUUUCCCAUUCCCGAAGUGAUAUCUCAUCCCAAGUUGGUGGACUCUAACAGUCGAAUGUGGCAUCGAUGCUUAACUGCAACAGGCCAACCCGACUUCAUUUGA